AUAGUGGGUUGCUAUCAGUUUUUUUUUCUUUUUGAGCGGCAUCUUAAACGGCUUUAAUUUACACUGUUUGCGGUGUUUCAUGUUGUGUAUUCUCGUUUAUUUUUUUUGCUUAUUAUUAUAAUUGAAUAUGGGGAAGAAAAAUAAAUGGAAACCACUUACUUACACCGUAGAGGAUACACCUUUGCAGGAAAAUGUCACCGUUGAAGAAGAAGAUGUACGCCAAAUGUUAAAUUUAUCUUAUGAAGUAAUAGAAAAGACCGUUGCUAAACUUUUUAGUAGCUCAAAUUUGGUGGACCAUCCAUUUUUUUUCAUCCAUGCCAACGCGUACGUGCUCGUCGGGACGAAGAUGUUCUACCCUUGCGAAGUGGCGGUUCUGAAGUUCAGCCUCCAGAAGGGCGUAGAGGACACCUACCACACGCUCAUUAACCCAGGCAGCCUGCCCGUGGGGUUCGCGCACGACGCCCAGGCGUACGGCGAGGUGACCCACCGGGUCCCCUACCCUCCCCUCAAGGAGGCGGAGCCCAGCCUCGCCAAGGUGCUGGACGAGGUGCAGCAGUUUGUGUGGGGAGGCCCCAAGGCCGUCCGGGAGUGCCGUCGGCGCAGCCAGUUCGCGGGGGAGGAGAUGUGCCUGCCGCCCCUCUACACCUUCUACGACAAGGAGCUGUUCCACUACGACUUCGUGAACGAGGCGGUCGCGUUCGACUUGAUGCAGAAACUGACCAUGUCUUCAGACACCCCGUGCCGGUUCCUGCUCCACCCGCUGGCCAAGCUGCUGUACGAGCUGCGGAGGACAACGAGCGGCGCGCCGGCGGCGAGCGGCUCCGAGUGGUCGAGCCUGCGAGAUGCUCAGGAGGCCCUGCAGAGGGACAGCUUCCUCUACACGCCCAACAUCGGCUGUGAGUUCCACGAGCGGAUAGACGCACCGGCGUGCUGUAGCCUGUCCCUGGUGAAGCGCUGGGCCCUCACCUUCUCCAGCCACUGCUCCGCCCCCUUCCAGGGGCCCUGCCCCUCGGUCCCCGGCGGAGCCAAGCAGGAGUCCCCGGAGGCCAGUUCGACCAGCGGGGAGGCGCAACAGGGGCGGUCGGAGGCAACGUGUGUCAGUGCACCUCCGAGACGAAGGCUCCCGGCUCGGGCGUUGCCAGCACUGAGGCAGCCGUACGCGAGUAUUCAAGACAUGAAACACAACCUGUAAUCAUCUACCUCUUUUUGAAGGUGAACAGAGUUAUUGAAGAGUUAACUGAAGAGUUAUUGAAUAUAAUACAAAAUCUGUUUUACAAGCUGCGACUACGUGUGUGAAAAGUUCAAGCUGGCUAAUGGUUAAUUCUGUUUUGAGAGUUAGUGGGAUGAUUUUAAAAGUAUAUAAUUAAAAAUUUUUUCAAACCUUUGUGUAGGAAAAAGUAAGCAUUACAUGUGAUAUCUGAAACAGUAUUAAUAUAACCCUGCUGUGCUCUGUUGCAAUGGAGUUUCAUAAGUGACUGCAUAAGAGCAGGCAUCAGCACUAACUCUUAAAACAGUGCCUUGUAGGACCAUUUGGACCUGGUUUAGUUCCUGAGUGAGCUGUGGAGGUGUGGACUUAGGUAUAAUCUAGAAUAUAGAAGUUCUCUCUCAUUAGAUUUUGCUUCCAAAAACAUUUUUUUUGUUUUUUGAAUGUUAAAUCUUAAAUUUGUAAUAUCUGACAUGUUUUUUUAUUUUAUUUUUAUUUUUAGGUUAUAAGAAAAUGAAUUGCUGAUUUUCGUCAUUGAAGACUGAUGCCUUAGUUGGUCAUUACAGCUUUUUUUUCAUGUAGAUCGUUACGAUAGGUUUAGGUUACACAGACUGUAUUCAGUAAUUUUAAUUAUAUUUGCCAGUCAUGGGAAAUCGCACAUUUUUAUUGAUAUGUGCAAUGUCUAUGACAUUUGCCAGCUGUGGGAGAUCACACAUUUUGAUUGAUAUUAAAAUACGUAGGAAAUACCAGUUUAUUUUGUAUAUUGAUGUGAGCUUUCAAAUAAGUGUCCAGUUAUUCUUUAAAGUUCUGUGAUGAUGACAAAGUGAUUGGUGUAGAUUAGUUUAUGUUUCUAUUUCGUUCAAUUCAAUUGAUUCAAACAGUGUAAUGAAUUGUGCUGAAAUUUUUUGUUCAUGAUUUUUGUAUGAUGGUUAAAAGAAUGUUCUUUUAAAAUGUCAACUAUUUUGUUUUAACGAUAAGUUGAAUUUACAUAAAAUAUUGCCGUAAAUUAUUUUGUGAUAAACCUGAGGGAGGAAAAAAGUUCUAAAUAGUACUUUUAACAAGUGUGCCCCAUGUUACAAUGACCCAUGUUGUGUCUGCAUACUGCAAUACAACUUGCAGAUGUGAUGACGAUGAGUCAAGAAAGCUGUAGGAUAAUAGGAUGUAAAAACUUUUCAGUUGUUAUAUCCUAUUAUCCUGCAUCUUUCUUGACUCAAUCGCAACACUUCACAAAUGUCACACACACACGCAUACACCACAAAUCACAACAGUUCACUAAGUGAACAACACUUUAAAGGUGUGUGUGAUAACAACUUACGUUAAGAUUACUAAAUCAAUGUUUGUUUGAUAGCUUUGGGUUAUUUAGUUUAAUUUUUUAGUCACAUGUAGUCCGUUCUCAGUAUUUUCGCUCAUUUAGAAUUGGGCUAAGAUAAAUGUAAAAAAAAAAAAUUAUUUUGCUUUAGUUUUGAACCUAAAAGACUGGAAUAAGUUCAGGGCAUACAGAAUAUCUCGACACAUGUUGGUGAAACUUGAUAGUUUUAAAAUAAUAUUUCCUGAAUAGACAUAUUAAGGAUGUUAUUUGGCUCAUCCAACUUAAAAUGUUCUUUUGUACAAAUACAAACACUUAAAUAUAUUUGACCUGUUUUUGGAGACAAUAUGAAUUUGUAGAGUUAUGUAUAUAAUUGUAUGGUCAUUCCAUUAUAAGAAUGACACACUUGAGAAAUUACACAGUACAUGACUUCCCACUGUUAUUAAAACUGAGUGAUGGUACUGUGUAAUUUUCAAGGGAAAAAUGUAUGUAGAAUUAGUGCUUGAGUUUUUUUUUAAUAAAAUUUCAAAACUGUUUUUUUUAUAACUGAUUGCUGUUGACUACACAAUUUUGUGUAUACCCUCUGAUGCAUUGUUACCUUAUGUGCAUGCAGUUCCUUCAGAUUAAAUUGAAAUACAUAAAGACAUAAAACCUA